CGUUGUGGUGACGUCACAGAGCCGCGCUGGCUGAAUCCAGUCCCAGUAGGGCGACUGUGGCAGCUUUUUCGCUGAGGGGCGGUGUACUGCCGGUGGCAUGUUACCGGCUAUGAAAACUGUGGAGGCGGAAGAGGAGUACGCGGAGGAUUGUCCUGAACUGGUUCCCAUUGAGACCAACAACCAAGAAGAGGAAAAUCUUGACUUCAUCACUAAGAUUCCAGUCACAAUUAUCACCGGGUAUUUAGGUGCUGGAAAGACAACACUUCUAAACUACAUUUUGACUGAACAGCAUAAUAGAAAAAUAGCAGUUAUUUUAAAUGAAUUUGGAGAAGGGAGUGCGGUAGAGAAAUCCUUAUCUAUCAGUCAAGGUGGAGAACUGUAUGAAGAGUGGCUGGAACUUAGAAACGGUUGCCUCUGCUGUUCCGUGAAGGACAAUGGCCUUAGAGCUAUAGAGAAUCUGAUGCAAAAGAAGGGGAAAUUUGAUUACAUACUCUUAGAGACCACUGGACUAGCAGAUCCUGGUGCAGUGGCUUCCAUGUUUUGGGUUGAUGCUGAGUUAGGGAGUGAUAUUUAUCUUGAUGGUAUCAUAACUGUUGUAGAUUCAAAAUAUGGAUUAAAACAUUUAACUGAAGAAAAACCCGAUGGCCUUGUCAAUGAAGCUGCGAGGCAAGUUGCUUUGGCAGACAUGAUUCUUAUCAAUAAAACAGACUUGGUUUCAGAAGAGGAGCUAAACAAAUUAGCUGCAACUGUCAGAUCAAUAAAUGGACUGGGAAAAAUUUUAGAAACUCAAAGAUCAAGAGUUCAUCUCUCAAAUAUAUUAGAUCUUCAUGCUUAUGAUAUUCUCUCUGGAAUAAGUUUACAGAAAAAACUUCAGCAUGUACCAACAGCACCCCAUCUUGAUCAGAGUAUUGUUACAGUCACAUUUGAAGUACCAGGAAGUGCGAAGGAAGAGAGUCUCAAUGUAUUUAUCCAGAAUCUCCUGUGGGAAAAGAACAUACAAAACAAGGACGGCCACUGCAUGGAGGUCAUUCGGCUGAAGGGACUAGUGUCCAUAAAAGACAAACCACAGCAAAUGAUUCUGCAAGGCAUCCAUGAGCUGUAUGACCUGGAAGAGAGCCUAGUAAGCUGGAAGGAUGAUGCUGAGAGAUCAAGUCAGCUGGUCUUUAUUGGCAAGAAUUUAGAUAAGGAUAUUCUUAAAGAGCUCUUCCUCUCUGCUGUGGCAGAAACAGAAGAGCAGAGGACGGCUCCUGACAAAGACCAAGUUUGUCCAUCACACUAAACGCCAUUUCUUACCAAAAGAACUCAUAAGAAAAACAAGGAUCAGUUUUCUACUGGGUGUAUUUUAAUCCUGAGUCCUUUCAUUACCUCUCUUAGGAGUUAGGAGUAUAUUUUAUGAUAGUAUUUAUUUUAUAAAAUACAUAAAGUUUUAGUAAAUCAUUAUAAAAACAUUUGAUAUUCAUACAAUAAAAUAUGUCCUCUGAAGUUUUUUUGAGACAAGUAUUUCAUAAAAAUUCCAGAAUUGUCUUUGAAGUUUAAGCAUAAAAGCUGACGACUUAUGCUUCAUUAUUUGUAAAAAUGAUGGCAAACUUUAACAUUUUAUUUUCCCUUUAAACUUCAGAAAAUUGCAGAGAUACAAUGAUUGUCUUGAUAAUAACAAAAAUAGCCAAACAAGUGCUGUCGUUGUAUUUUUAAAAAUGUUUAACCUUUAUUUUUAUGAUACGUGCAUGGGUGUUUUGCCUGCAUGUAUGUCUGUGCACCAUGUGCAUCCAUUGCCUGAGGAGUCCAGAAUAGGGCGCUGGAUCCUCUGGGACUGGAAGGUCCUCUGGAAGAGCAGUCAGUGUUCUUAACCACUGAGCAUCUCUUCAGCCCUGUCACUAUGUUUUUAAUGGAAUGAGUCUCUAGUUCCUUAAAGAGGAAGAAAUCUGAGUCAAAGAAAUUAAACUGUCUCUUACAAUCAGUGUAAUGAUGCCUCAGCUCUUUGUUCUGUAUUAGUUUAGAAGAUUAUGAUUGUGGAAUGUUAAACUGUAGUUUUAUUGCUGGCAUUAAAUUCAUCUUGACUGUU